UUACACUUGGCACAAUGCAGUCAGGCAAGUACCAUUCUCCUGACAACCUCCAAACCCAGACACAUCCAUCGGACUGCCAAACAGAGAAGUAUGAUUGGUCUGCAUCCAACACUUUGCAUUGCACUUGGUGCACUUGGUGGCUGAGUUUCUGUUGUUCCCAGUUGCUUCCACUUUGUUAUAAUACCACUAACAGUUGAUCGUGGAAAAUUUCAUAACAAGGAAAUUUCAUGGAUGGACUUAUUGCACAGGUGGCAACCUAUCACGGGACCACGAUUGAAUUCACUGAGCUCCUGAGAGCGACCCAUUCUUUCACAAAUGUUUGUAGAAGCAGUCUGCAUGUCUAG